UGAUCGAACAUCCAUCAGUAUUGUGUGAAAUACAGUGCAAUCAUGAGUUAUUCUGGAUCUGGACAUCCCUACGCCUACGGCCCCCCACCCCCCGGUGGCUGGCCGCCACCACCUUCUCAGCCAGGAAUGUACCCGCCACCUCCAGACUACGGGUACCCGCCCUCACAGUACCCUCCCCCUCCCUCGUACUACGUGCCUGGUACCGUGAUGAUCCCCGUCCCAGUACCUCCAUCACAGCCACCCCCACCGGAACCCGCUCCCCCACAGUCUACGUACAUCACCAACUACAUCUACCACGGUGAGACCACUGUCACCCCGUCCGGAGACCAGACGGUGUCGAUCGUGGAAGCCCCCGGAGAGUACGACUGGGUGGCCACGACCGCACUAAUGGCAGGCUCCUUGACUGGGCGAGCGGUUGUGGGAGGACACGAAGGUUGGGAUGGAAGUCCUCUGUGGGUGAUCCGCGCUUGGCACAACGGAGAUCUGAUACCGGGCAAGUUGUCCGUGCGACACAACGCAGCCUCGGUCAUGUACGCCGGGAAGGAGAUAUCAGUGCAGAACAUCGAAGUCUUGUGUGCCAGGCCUGAGGAUCUGCGCUGGAUACCCUCUUCAAAUGGCAACGUACCUCCUGGAGCCAUUCCUGGAGGUAGGACUUCUUCAGGGGAGACUCUGUACGUCGGCAGAGCCAGGUACCAGCUGUCUGUGACCCCGGGUAAGAUCCACCCGAGCCACAACUCGUGUUACAUCGGCUUCGCUGGGCAGGAGGUGGCUCACAAGAUGUACGACGUGCUCUGCAGGAUCAGCUGAGUGACUACUCUACAACUGUGAUUCCGGGAACGUGCAACAUAUGUGAUUAUAGACUCUAGUACUAAGUGACAAGAACUUGUAUGUGUGUAUCAGGACCAGUGCCUGAUAUAGAAUGUGUGCUCAAAAUAUUUUAUUUUGCAGCUGAUGGAAAAAUAAUCUUAAAGUUGUGGAGUGUGACUGAGUAACGAAGUUCUCACAAUCUAAAAUCAUUAAACCAGUAUACUAUGUCAUGCAAUUACUCUGUUUUGUUUGUACAAAAUUACAAAAUGAUCUUUAUUCCCUUCGAGGAAAAUUGUGUGUUAUAUAAAAGUAUGAAAAAUAAAAGAUAUGAAGUUUGAUAGUA